AUGUCAUACUAUUUCACUAUCAUCGGCACGAGAGACAACCCUCUCUUCGAGCAUGAAUUUGGUACUUCCAAGGCUGGUGGAGACGGCAUCGCCCGCUUUCGCGAUGAGGCCAGACAUAUGAACCAGUUCAUCGUUCACAGCAGUCUCGACAUUGUGGAAGAAGUCCAGUGGGGAAACAACGGACUAUAUCUCAAAAACAUCGACCGCUUUCAAAACAACCACAUCCACUGCUUCAUCACCGGCGGAAAUGUCAAGUUCAUGCUACUCAUGAAUCCCGAUCCAUCUUCCACUACUUAUUCAACUUACCCAGCUGCUGCACCGCCACGACAACAUCCAUCUGUCACAGCCAGACAGAGCACGCUCCUUGCCAACAAUCCUGGCAGUGCACAGACUGAGGAAGCAGUGAGGCAGUUCAUGACUGAUGUUUACGAAGCCUGGGUCAAGUGUAUCAUGAACCCUUUUUACACGGUCAAUGCCCCUGUCACAAGUCCGGUCUUCAGGGGCCGUGUUGCUGGAGCAGCGAAGAAGUACCUUUGA